AUGCAGAUAACCUCACACGCUUUUAAGAAAAGCGUGGCGCGGGUAAGCAUUACGGAUCACCGGACAGCGCGCUCACCCCUGACCCAAGAAGUACGACCAGAAGACGUUGUCGAUCCGAAGAAGCACGUGAAGGACUGGAUGGAGAUGGAUGAUAACGACUACGAUGGGGACUACAUUGCGAGCACCGACCCAAUCCACCCAGUCAGUACCGAUUACUCGCAUCCUCUCGACGAUGAUGACGGAAGCUGGAUACUCAAUCACUUCUCGCCAGAAGAAAUGGAAUCUGCGGCCGGAGAUCUAGACUUCGACCAGAACGGAUGGAGUUGGGACAACAACGAUAACGUCAACGACAGCGACAGUGAGAAAGGCGGAACGCCUAUGAUUGCUAAAUCUCAAGAAGAGAACACUACGUCACAGAUCGGCGACAACGAUCUCAUCGCAUGGGGGCCUGAAGCCUCGGCGUCCUCCACGCUUUCGAAUAUCAGCAUGGAUGGUCUCAGUAUGGAACAGAAACAUGCGAAGAAGCAGAAAGAACUCAUAAUCGACGCAUUCUGGGUUGUCGUUAAUGAGUCCAAGGAGCCACAAAGACAUUCAGACUCCAGGAUAGACGAUCUGAACCCUCAACAUCUCUCACGAUACGCCAGCCCCCUCGACCCCUUGCACGCCGACCACGUCACCUCACAUGUGGGUAGAUGGUUCCUCAGACGCCCAUACUCCACCAUCAACGCCUGUUCGGCCAACAACACCACCAAGUCCUAA